AGGCGUGGAGGGGACUCUCUGGCUCGCACCGUCUCUACUCUCCUACCCCGACUGACGUUGGACAACAAAGAUGGCGGCAGGAACCAGCAAUUACUGGGAAGAUCUCAGGAAGCAGGCGAGACAGCUGGAAAAUGAACUUGACCUGAAGCUAGUUUCCUUCAGUAAACUGUGUACAAGUUACAGUCACAGCAGUGCCCGAGAUGGAAGACGCGACAGGUAUAGUUCUGACACAACACCCCUUUUAAACGGAUCAAGUCAAGACAGAAUGUUUGAAACAAUGGCCAUUGAGAUUGAACAGCUUUUGGCAAGACUUACAGGAGUGAAUGAUAAAAUGGCAGAAUAUACCAAUAGUGCAGGUGUUCCCUCAUUGAACGCAGCUCUGAUGCACACACUACAGCGACACAGAGACAUAUUGCAGGAUUAUACGCAUGAAUUCCAUAAAACGAAAGCAAAUUUUGUAGCAAUACGGGAAAGGGAGAAUCUCAUGGGAUCAGUGCGAAAGGAUAUUGAGUCAUAUAAAAGUGGGUCUGGAGUCAACAACAGAAGAACUGAACUGUUUUUGAAAGAACAUGAUCACCUUCGAAACUCAGAUCGUCUGAUAGAAGAGACAAUAAGCAUUGCUAUGGCAACAAAAGAAAAUAUGACUUCACAGAGAGGAAUGUUGAAAUCAAUUCACAGCAAAAUGAACACUUUGGCCAAUCGUUUUCCUGCUGUGAACAGCCUGAUCCAGAGGAUCAACCUUCGGAAGCGGCGUGACUCACUCAUCCUGGGCGCUGUGAUUGGCAUCUGCACCAUCCUCCUGCUGCUCUAUGCAUUCCACUGACGGGACACCUGCCGGGACUCUGGAUGGCUCGAUCUGGAAUAAGGAAAAGUAGGAAGAAGCUGUCUGUCCUGGUCAUUAGCCUGAUCAGCAGAAUGAUUUCAAGACCGACUGCCUUGGGCUCUGUGGUCAGGAUGAGCUGAAGCAGCAGUGUUCCUGUGCUAUCUUUUCUAAUACACAUUUCCUUGUUUUUAGUAAAACAAAAAAACAAAAAGGGGGGAGGGGACUUCAGUUGCUUUUGUCUCCCUAGGACGCAAGCAAGCUGAUCCAGCCCCGCAGUUCUGUACUUCAGUGAACGGGUGAGGCCUGAUGACAGGCCAGGCCGGAUUCCUCGGGAAGCCAGGCUUCUCUGUAUCCAAAGACCGCUUUUCUUUUAGCCACCGGAUUGGGUUGUGAAUAAAAGUAAUUUUGUCCUUUUAUUUUACACUAAUGAUGAGAAAUCACAAGUCCUUUCUUGAUCAUCUGUGCUAUAGAUUUCUACUCUGAGUCCCCAGUUCUUUUGGUAUUCAAGGAAAAUUCCUUUUUUCACACUUUUUUCACAGAUGCAGAUAGGCCAACUUCAAGUAUGUUUGAGGUUGUCUAAAAUGGAGAACACUGCAAAAAAAAAUAAAGCUUUUUGUCUUUCCUUCUUAAAAUUGUGGGUACACUGGUUUUAAGUAUGUUGCUGGAAAAACAUCAAGAUGGCGGGCCUUUUUUUUUUUUUUAAGGAGCCAGUGAUUAUCUUGACUUUUUUGUUUAUUUCUUUCUUUGGGUUAAUAUUUGCUACCAGAAGAUGGAAAUCUCAGUUCUCCCAUGACAGAAGGAACAAACAGCCAGUGUCUGCCAGCGCCCUGCACUGUUCCCCGUCCUGGCAACGGAGAGGACUCGUUUUCUGUGACGUCUGUUCAACAAGGCACGGACACAUGGCCAUCUUGGAAGGCACUGUCCAGAUAAUCCUGUCGGGAAACGCUUCCCGACUUCAGAGCAGAAGUCUCAGAACUACUCCUGAGGCAGCCGGAGUUCUGUGUCCGUGAAAGUUCCUCAUUCCAGAUCUGUGCAGAUUUGCCAGACCUGCAGAGCUAAGGCUGUGAUGACAGAAAUCUGUCGCUCUCGGCACCCAUCUUCUGUGCCUCCCCUGGCAGUGACAGAGUUCUAAACAGCUCAACAGAGUCCUUUUCAAAUUUAACCAUUUCUCAGUUUCUGCAAACUCAUUACUUGUUCUGCUGAGCAUAAUUUAAAGAUUUCCGGUAUGUACCUUCCUCGCUGGGAGAGAGGGCUGCUCUUCGCCAGCGGAAUUGAGAGCAUUGACUUCAGACUGACACAGGGACUAAAAUGAGACUUGCAGGUAGUUCUUAACUACUUCACAGUGUGGAGGUGCUGGUGUGCAGGUGAACCUGACAUACAGGCCAACUGUAGACUUCAGACCUGGUACAGACACCGGGUUUAUCACUCUGGUGUCAGACUUAAUACGCUCUGGGUAUGUAUGAAGGGCAUUUGAUAGAUUUUGCUUAACUAGGGUUUAUUUUUCUAAAUACAGGUUGAUUGAUCAGUUUGUUAAUGGGAUGCCCUUAGAAGAAAAUUAGGUUUUCCCAGUGUGAACUUUAAAUGAUCAGGGAAGUAAGUUCAUUUAUUAAAUUCUCUGUUGAGAGAACAAAACUUCUCUCCCCUGACACUUUAUUAUCUUUGAUUUUUCAAAGGGCCUUGAUUGGUGGUUGUGCCUCAGCUGGAAUGUGUGGGACUUUGUUUGCUAUAUAGUUGGCAUUUAUAAAAUCUGAAGUAUCAUAAAUAAAGUUAUUUAUUUAAUUAUACUACCAGUCUUUCUUACUGGUCUGGUUAUUUUAUUCAUUCAUCAGAGGUGAUUGCGUGAGAGAAAAGUCAGGCACCAGCUGUUCUCGCUGCAGUUCAGCAAACAAUGCUGAUGGCUGAUGAGCCUGUCAUCAGAGUUAUGCUUGCAUGAAGUGAUACGAUCAGGGUGGUGAUUCUCUUUGUGGAAAUAAAGACGCCAUUUCUUCCAAGGAAGUUGAAGAAGCUUAGUACAGGUGUUGCUGUCAAACAGGGAGGUGCCGCAGGGGGUUUGGAGAGGGCUCCUCCCGUCCUGUUGAUGGUUCCUUCAGUUCCUUUGUUGGCAGAGGGAGGCCCUCGUGAGAAACUAGAAGUAGGCCAUUUUCAGGAAGGGGCACCGUUUGGAUCCCCAGUAACUGAUCUGAACGUCGUAUUCAUGCCAUUUCACUUUUCCUCUUGAUCCCUCUUGUUUUUCUCCCCCUUGCAAACUGGUUGCUAGGCUCAGGGCCAACCAGUGAGAGCUAGAGGUCAUCAGUCAGAGCAUGGAGAUUAGAAGGGAUUUUCUAUUUCUGGUCCCAAAUAAAGGUUGCCUCCUAGGGGAAGUUACGCUCCCUCAACCAUUAUCUUAUAUGAUGGGUCUCUCCUUUUUUUUUUUUUUUUUUUUGACAGGGUUAGAGAGAGAGAGAAAGGUCUUCAUUUUUUCCAUUGGUUCACCCCCCAACUAGCUGCUAUGGCUGGUGAGCUGCGCCAAUCUGAAGCCAGGAGCCAGGUACUUCCUCCUGGUCUCCCACAUGGGUGCAGGGUCCAAGCACUUAGGCCAUCCUCCACUGCCUUCCCGGCCACAGCAGAGAGCUGGACUGGAAAAGGAGCAACCGGGACUAGAACCCGGUGUGCCGUCGCCGCAGGCAGAGGAUUAGCCUAGUGAGCCGUGGUGCCGGCCGAGUCUCUCCUUCUUGAGUCUUUUUAGUAACCAUUCAAAACUUUCCAUUUCACUAAAGAAUAUGAAAAACUGUAGCAACAAAAGGGCAGAAAAUUCCAAGUGGCGUAUUUCUGAGAUUCUGUUUAGCAUGCCCUGGUGACCUUAGUAAAAAUGUUAAAUCUGUUACCCAGAUGUCCCAGGACUUGGGUUUUAUGCCUCCUGGCAGUCUGUAUCGUCAUCACCACUGCUGAUGCCGAAGGCCUCGCGGUCCCCGGCGUGCUCAUCCCCUACUUCUCUCCCGUUAGGAAGGGCUGGCCUUCUCUACUGUCCCUCUGUCCUCCCAAUCGAGACUCCCUUCUGUGGAGAAUGCCUUUCUCCACACUGCUCGGUGCUCAGGUCAGGCCUGGGAGUAGAGACAGAUAACAAGAGGAGGUACCCUGAGGGCACUUUUGUACUUGGAACCAAAUAUUUCCUUUAGUUCUUUCACGGUGGGUGUAAGUACAUCAGGAUGGAGAAAUGCGCUUAGUGAGCCUGUGGGUGCGGUGACUCGGCCUCUGUGGGACUGAGGCACCUUGGGUUUGCGUUCCCACCGUUAGUGAUCUCAGCCUGGGCAAAAUGACUGUAAACAACUGGACUAACCCUUCUGGUCUCUAGUACCUCAUGCUUGGUCAUUAUCCAGAUGUGAUUUUUUUUUUAUUUGAGUUUUUUAACUUGUGGUAUAAAGCUGUUGGAGGUGAAUGGCCAUGCCUGGUGUUAGGCUGGAUUUUGUGGUAAUGUAACUAAAGAACAUGGAUUCUACUCAGUAUACAGUGGUUGUGUUCAUUUCUUCUUAGGUUGGGAAUUGUUGAGCCUGGGUUCCAAAAAGAUGUAGAACUUUGAUCAUGGUCUUAAUAAACUAACCUUUUUUGUUCCUUUAUACACUUACAUACCCUUCAGUUUCAGAGGGAAAAAGAAAAUGCAGUGGAACAAGUGAGUCUUAAGAGCGUUUAUUGGAUGAGCAGCUGAGACAAAGCUGAGCCGUGUCUUGAGGAGUAUUCUUCAUUUUCUUUGUACCUAAGAUCUCACUGUAGUAUCAGAUUAUUUGCAUUCAUUCCUAUCCUGUUAGCUCUUAGAGGAGGAAAAUCAAUUCCAAUCACACUUACUAUGAUGGAAGGUAUUUCCUCAUGAAAAGCGCCAAUACAGAUUUUUUAAAAUCUAUUCUUUUCCAAAUGCACUUUCUACUUUUUUGCUUUUAAAAUAGCUUAUUGGAACUGAUUUUAUUGUAUUUGUACUUAAUUUUUGUUCUCAUCUAAAUGUGCAUUUUCUGACUGUAUAGAAGAAGCUUUGUUAUGUAAUUUAAUAAUAAAUUAAAAGUCUAAAUGGU